GAGUUACUACAUCAUGUGCAUGAUGGCCAUCACAUUUCUGAACCUGAUUGGGAUUCCCAUGGAGAUAGCGUUUCUGGACGGAAACAGCGGGCUGGCAUGGGAGGGAUUUAACGUGUUUUCAGACACGCUGUUCCUAAUAGACGUGGCUCUGAAUUUCCGAAUGGGCAUCAUAGAAGAGGACGGCGAGGAAGCUAUUCUGGAUAUCAAGCGGAUCCGAGUCAGUUACCUGAGGACAUGGUUCAUACCGGACGUCAUAGCUGCUUUCCCAAUUGGCUACAUACUGUUGUUUGCGGACUUACAAUACCACAACGAUGACAACCCCUCCAAGACCAACAAGAUGAUGAGGAUACUGAUGUUUGUGCGGAUCCUCAGCCUGAUCAGACUGGCUCGAGUGUCCAGAUUGGUCAGGUUCUUCAACGAAGUGGAGAAA